GCAACAUUCUUGCUUUAUAAGCUACUAUUUGCGAAUAACACAUUUCUUGAUUUUUUUUAACCAUUUUAAUUUAAAACACUUGCGGUGAGGUACUUCAUUGUUAACCAGAAAUGAUUUGAUAUUGAGAUAAAAACGGCUACAUUGGGCCUUUAAGGUUCCAUAUAUUUUUAUUUGCAAAUUGAUUCUAUUAACUUUUUUUUCUACAGAGUUAUACGUGUGCUUACGGUUUGUUCCUCAUUCACAACGUUUAUAUUCCAUGCACUUUUUUUUAGUUUAGUUAUUAACCCACCUGUUGCUUGUGGUGGUAUAGUUAGUGACAAGCGGUGUGACUGUGUAUCGUGUGUGUUUCUAUAGAAACGGCUCAACACCUGCCUUCCCAUGAUACCUCGGCGCUGAACCGUAGGAAAACGGUAUGAUACACACGAGACUUCUACGGUCACCUGGGCAUAACGGGGCACGCAACCUGACUCUGCAUGUGCCUUUUAUGAAGUCGUUCCUGUUACAUUCAGAAUAUUUUUUUACCAGGAAGUAUUUACCUGGAUAACAUGCACGCUUGAAGAACUCAGCUAUCUUCAAAGUAGCUUAACUUUCGUUCGGGUUGCGCAGUGGACUAUUUUAUGCGAAGUUCAAGAUGCUCAUUUGAAAAUGUGGACUGAAUGGACCUAAAAUAUCCGUAAAUGGCGUAUCGAUAGUGACCACCGUCCUAUCCUGUAACAGUGUGGUUAACUACGUUGAAAUUGGAUGCAUUCUUUUUUCUUUUUGGGGAAAUGAUCUAGCAUAGCCUUCGAUACUUUGACCCCCCCCAAAUCGUCAUGAACUCUGAAAAGCCCAAAUUUCUAUCCCAACCUGUCGUGAAGAACAUUUUCGUUUAUCGAAAUGGAGAUCCGUUUUACGAGGCUCGCCGGUUAGUGGUAAACCAAAAGAGAGUGUCCAAUUUUGACACUUUUCUUCGAGAUGUGACUGGGGGUGUGCAGGCUCCGUUUGGAGCGGUGCGGAACCUCUACACCCCGAGAAUGGGGCAUCGGGUGGCCUGCCUGGACCAUCUACAGAGCGGGGAACAAUAUGUCGCUGCCGGGAGAGAGAAAUUCAAGAAAUUGGAUUAUUCGCAGAUAGGAUCCAAAAAGAAGAGGAUGCUCCUUACUACUUCAGGACAGCCUUAUCCACAGGCUAAACCGGUGCCCCAGAGUCGAAUCAUUGUAUCAGCAAGAUUCCUGAAACCCAUCAAAGAGCCCUGUUCGAUUUUUGUGGUAGCGAAUGGGGAUGUGUUGAACCCUGCGUUAAGGCUGCUGAUACCCCAACGGAUACUGGGCCAGUACGACAGGGUUCUGGAGAUGAUCACUGACAAAAUGGGUUUGAGAAUCCUGGGGUGUGUACGAAGCCUUUACACCUUUGAUGGAAAUCAUGUGAAUGAUGGAAAGGACUUGGAGAGUGGACAGUUUUACGUGGCUGUUGGGAGAGACAAGUUUAAAAGACUUCCUUACAGUGACCUUCUGUUCACCAAACCAAGGGGCAUACGAAGGACUACAGGAUCCAAAGUGUCCUCAUUACCGCCCAUAUACACAUCCGGAAAGCAGAACAGAAACAGUUUGACGGUGCACCACAGUAAGUCUAUGUGGCAGUGCAGAGAGCCAGCAGACUCCAAGAUAUCUGCACAUGAUACGGACCGCACGUUGUCCUUCGUCAGGCAGAUCUCCCAGCAGAGACUCAUGACCCUCAGGAAGAGGACGAGUGGUCUCAGCAUCUCCCUGGGAACACAGGACAACGACGGGGAGGUGCAAACGGAUGAAGGCCCUUUAGAGAACGCAGACCAGUCUCCACAGAGUGACCUGUCCUCUGACGAGGUUAGACACACCUCUCUACAGAGUGACCUGUCCACUGACGAGAUUAGACACACCUCUCCACAGAGUGACCUGUCCACUGAAGAGGUUAAACACAUCUCUCCACAAAGUGACCUGUCCACUGAAGAGGUUAAACACACCUCUCCACAGAGUGACCUGUCCACUGAAGAGAAGCCAACAGAGGACAGUAAAUCUACUGACACAGAGGAGAGUCCAGAGGGAGAAAAAGGUGAAAAGGAGGAGACUGCAAUAGCUGAGAACUCCACAGAGGAACAAGGUGAUAACAAGGAAGAUAUUACUAAAACCACAGAGGAACAAGGUGAUAACAAGGAAGAUAUUACUAAAACCACAGAGGAACAAGGUGAUAACAAGGAAGAUAUUACUAAAACCACAGAGGAACAAGGUGAUAACAAGGAAGAUAUUACUAAAACCACAGAGGAACAAGGUGAUAACAAGGAAGAUAUUACUAAAACCACAGAGGAACAAGGUGAUAACAAGGAAGAUAUUACUAAAACCACAGAUGAACAAGGUGAUAACAAGGAAGAGAAUACUAAAACCACAGAUGAACAAGGUGAUAACAAGGAAGAUAUUACUAAAACCACAGAGGAACAAGGUGAUAACAAGGAAGAGAAUACUAAAACCACAGAGGAACAAGGUGAUAACAAGGAAGAUAUUACUAAAACCACAGAGGAACAAGGUGAUAACAAGGAAGAGAAUACUAAAACCACAGAGGAACAAGGUGAUAACAAGGAAGAUAUUACUAAAACCACAGAGGAACAAGGUGAUAACAAGGAAGAUAUUACUAAAACCACAGAUGAACAAGGUGAUAACAAGGAAGAUAUUACUAAAACCACAGAUGAACAAGGUGAUAACAAGGAAGAUAUUACUAAAACCACAGAGGAACAAGGUGAUAACAAGGAAGAUAUCACUAAAACCACAGAGGAACAAGGUGAUAACAAGGAAGAGUCUACUAGGACCACAGAGGAGGACUCAGACAGUGUGGUUGGGGAGAAGAGCCUGCAGACCAAGCAACAGGGAAGUCUGGAGAACCUGGUCCUGGAGAAAUGAAGGAUGGAGAGGAGAAGGAGGAGGAGGCAUCGGAUGAAGCUGAGGAGGUUGGAGAAGCAGGGGAUGACGGUCCAUCUUCAACAGAUGGAAAAGAGGAGAAAGAGAAAGUGGACGAGAUGAUUCAUACCAUGUGGAAAAGACAGAUGAGGAGGAAGUAGACAAGAAACCUGGAACUGAGACAGAUUCUGAGACAGAGGAGGGAGGAAGUAUACAAGGAACCUGGAACUGAGACAGAGGAGGGAGGAAGUAGACAAGGAACCUGGAACUGAGAGAGAGGAGGGAGGAAGUAGACAAGAAACCUGGAACUGAGACAGAUUCUGAGACAGAGGAGGGAGGAAGUAGACAAGAAACCUGGAACUGAGACAGAGGAGGGAGGAAGUAGACAAGAAACCUGGAACUGAGACAGAUUCUGAGACAGAGGAGGGAGGAAGUAGGCAAGGAACCUGGAACUGAGACAGAGGAGGGAGGAAGUAGACAAGGAACCUGGAACUGAGACAGAUUCUGAGACAGAGGAGGGAGGAAGUAGACAAGGAACCUGGAACUGAGACAGUGGAGGGAGGAAGUAGACAAGAAACCUGGAACUGAGACAGAGGAGGGAGGAAGUAGACAAGGAACCUGGAACUGAGAGAGAGGAGGGAGGAAGUAGACAAGGAACCUGGAACUGAGACAGAGGAGGGAGGAAGUAGACAAGGAACCUGGAACUGAGACAGAGGAGGGAGGAAGUAGACAAGGAACCUGGAACUGAGACAGAUUCUGAGACAGAGGAGGGAGGAAGUAGACAAGGAACCUGGAACUGAGACAGAGGAGGGAGGAAGUAGACAAGAAACCUGGAACUGAGACAGAUUCUGAGACAGAGGAGGGAGGAAGUAGACAAGGAACCUGGAACUGAGACAGUGGAGGGAGGAAGUAGACAAGAAACCUGGAACUGAGGUAGUGGAGGGAGGAAGUAGACAAGAAACCUGGAACUGAGACAGAGGAGGGAGGAAGUAGACAAGAAACCUGGAACUGAGACA